AUGAUCCUUUGGCUGUGGCUCUGCUGGGGUUUCCCCAGCUCGGCAGGGCAGCCCGACUCGGAGCUGAUGGCGAGGUACCUGGAGGAGCAGCUGCUGGCGGACUACAGCAUCGCCGAGCAAGUUGCACGUCGUGUCCCAAGACAGGCCAAAUUCCUGCAGAGGUUGGAAACCAGGCCCCGGAUGUCUGAGUUCAACGUGAGAUCCACAAUCAUUUCCCGCUAUGCCUUCACCACGGUGUCGUGCACGAUGGUGAACAGUGGAUCUGAGGCACGAGAAGCUGUGUUUGAGAUGCAGAUCCCAGCUGCAGCCUUCAUCUCCAACUUUACCAUGAGCAUUGGCAACAAGACUUAUUAUGGAGAGGUCACAGGGAAAGAAAAGAAAAACAGCAGUGAUGACAAAGCAAGGCAAAAGAAACCUCCAAGCCCCACAGAUGGAAGGGAGAAUGGCUAUGAGACAUUCAAGGCUUCUGUCUUCAUCCCUCGCAAGAUGCAGGCCAGGUUCCUCCUGCACUAUGAAGAGCUCUUGCAAAGACGACUGGGAAAAUAUGAGUAUACAGUCAGUAUCCGUCCCCAGCAGCUGGUGGGGAGGUUAAAAGUGGAGGUGAACAUCCUGGAGAACUCAGGCAUAGUUUCACUGGAAGUGCCUCCCCUUCGAAACAGCAAGCAGAAAGGCAAUGGGAAAGCUGAAGGUGAUACGUCUCCUCCUCCUUCUACUGUAAUUGGACACACCAAAACCUUAGCUAAAGUUACAUUCAAUCCCAGUGUGGUUGAGCAAACCAGGAUUGCCCGAAAUGGCAUUUUGGGAGACUUCAUCAUUAGAUAUGAUGUCAACAGGGAGCUGAGUGUUGGGGAUGUUCAGAUUCUUAAUGGGUAUUUCGUGCACUACUUCGCCCCCACAGAUCUUCCUCCAUUGCCAAAGAACGUUGUGUUUGUGCUUGACAGCAGUGCUUCCAUGGUGGGAACGAAGCUCAAGCAGACCAAAGAAGCCCUCUUCACAAUUCUCCAGGACCUAAGGCCUGAAGACCACUUCAAUAUCAUUGGCUUUUCCAACAGAAUAAAGGUCUGGCAGCAGGACAGGCUGGUUCCAGUUACUCCAAAUAACAUAAGAGAUGCCAAAAAGUACAUUCAUAACAUGUCACCUACUGGAGGGACUAACAUCAACGGAGCUCUCCAGACUGGUGCAAAGCUGCUAAAUGACUACAUUGCUCAGAACGACAUCGACGCCAGGAGUGUCUCUCUGAUCAUCUUCCUCACGGAUGGGAGGCCAACUGUUGGGGAAACACAGUCAUCCAAAAUCCUCAGCAACACCAAGGAUGCCAUCCACGAUAAAUUCUGCCUCUUCACCAUCGGCAUUGGCAAUGAUGUGGACCACAAGCUGCUGGAGAGGAUGGCAUUGGAGAACUGUGGCAUGACAAGGCAUUUCCAGGAGGAUGAGGAUGCAGCCAGCCACCUCAAAGGGUUCUAUGAUGAAAUAGGAACACCCCUUCUCUCUGACAUCCGUGUGGACUACCCUGAAGAAGAUGUGGAGCAAGUUACCCAGAACUUCUUCCCUAACUACUUCAAUGGCUCUGAAAUUAUAAUUGCUGGGAAACUCAUCAACCACACCUCGGAUAAACUCCACGUGGAGGUGACUGCCAGCAACUCCAAAAAGUACAUCCUCCUCAAAACAGAUGUGGCUAUUGACCUGCCGAGCAGAAAUGACAUCAGAGGUGUCCCUGGCCUGGAUGAUGGCAAAGGUGACAAAAAUUACAUCGAGAGGGCAUGGAGUUACCUCACCAUCAAGGAGCUGCUCAACUCUCGCUUGAAGAGUGAUGACAGUCAGGAAAAAGACUAUUUGACAGAGAAAGCCAAGUCAAUGGCCCUGGCUUACAAUUUUGUGACUCCCUUCACUGUUCUGAAGAUGAAGGAAGCUGGGCUCCAUUCAGAACCACCUCAGGAGGAGUUUGUCAGCCCUUCUACUGAUGGCAUUGGGGAAAAGUUGCAGAGCUUGCAGGGACACAAGGCACCACCAGGUAUACGCAGAGAGCAUGAUAAGCAAAGGAUUAAAAUCUCCAGAACUUCAGCGGAUGGAGACCCUCACUUUGUCAUUGAUUUUCCCUCCAGCAAGUUCUCUGUCUGCUUCAAUAUCGAUGGAGAACCAGGGGACAUCCUCCGGCUGGUCUCUGAUCACAAGGAAUCUGGUGUAACUGUGAAUGGACAAUUGAUUGGAGCUCCUGCACCACCCAACGGCCACAAGAAGCACCGGACUUACUUCAGCACCAUCACUAUCCUCAGCAAUAAGCCAGAGAGGUCUUACCUAGAGAUCACACCCAGAAGAAUCAUCCUGGAUGAUGGGGAAAGACUUAUCUUGUCCUGUCAUCGCAGUGCUGUUGUGCGAAGCAGAAGCCUCGAGGUGUCCAUCUCUGCCAAUUCCAACAUCACUGUGACAAUUCGAGACACCAUCAGCUUUGUCAUCCUCAUCCACCAUUACAAGAAGCCAGCCCCGUAUCAGAGGAAUCACCUGGGCUUCUACAUCUCUAACAGCAAAGGCCUCUCUUCAGACUCCCACGGGCUACUGGGUCAGUUCUUGAACCAUGAAGUUAAACUUCUUCAGGAAUCUCUAAACGCAAGUCAUCAUCAGGUUGGUCAGAAUCAAACCAAAGUGUUCCAGCCAAACCCUACAAACACCCUGAAAGUGAAGGGACGGCUUGUUCCCGUUGUGUGGAAGCAGAGGAGGAUCUACAAUGGGCAGCAGGAAGUUGAUUGCUGGUUUGCCAAAAACAAUGCUGACAAACUGAUCGAUGGGAGCUACAAGGACUAUCUGGCUUCUCACCCUUUCGACACAGGGACCAGCUUUGGGACAAUUAACCUUUAAGACUGGUUGUAGUGAUGCAUUGCAGCAGGAUGUGUGACAGCAGGUCCCUUCUGAAGCCUCUACUAGGCAACUUAGGAAAAUUACUUACUUUUUGGUGCCAAAGAAACCAAGGAUUUUGCCCUUGGAAAUGAGCUGUCUCUCUUUCAUGCUAGAUGAACAUUGUCCAUCAAAUUCCUGA